AUGAUGCAAAAAUCUAUUAUGAUAUUAUUUCUAUUAAUUUUAAUAAAUACAAUAGUAACAAAAGUGAAUUCACAUUCAAUACCAUUUAAUGAUCAUAAUGAACAACAUCAAUUAGAUAAACGAAAUAUUUUUUCACAUUUAGUUAAAAGACAAAUAAAUGGUUCAUGUGCAGGAGUUCUUACACGAUGCUAUGGUUUCAUCCAAAUUUGUUAUUAUGCUGAUGUAAAUGGAAAACAAUGUGCAUCUAAUACAUGGAGAUGUGGAUGGUGCAUUGGUUUCUGGUGGUAA